CUAAGUUAAACAUGUUGUGUUGGCUACUUCUCUGUUAUCGAGACACAACUCAUUAUUUCCGACGUGAAUCCCCCUAAACAUAUAGAAAGAAACUAAAUAUUUCUAUAUUUAAAGAAACAGCAAAAAUGGCAUUUACUUUCUGGGGCUUGUUGGAAGCAGCUCUUCUCUUGGUCAAUGCGAUAUGUGUUUUACAUGAAGAAAGGUUUCUUGCCAAAGUUGGAUGGGGUGGAGAGCAAAUGCAAGCAUAUGGAAGUGGACCAAGUGUUAAAUCCCAAAUCCUCAAUAUCAUUCGCUCAGUGAGAACUGUCAUGAGAAUCCCAUUAAUAUUCAUCAAUGUUGGUGUCAUAUUGGUGAAAUUUGUUCUUGGAUGAUAUGUCAGAGCAGUUUUCACGUAUCUUCAAUAAAAUUUUUAUAUUUGAA